GCUCCCCAGCAACAAAGAGCGCAACCUGCCAAGCGAUCUUUUCACGAGGUCGUCCAUGGGUGCCAGCUGAUGUUUGUGAGAGUGAUGGUCUUUCAUGAGAUUGUAUAGUGCAGAGACUCAGUUUUGAAAAUGCUACCUACAUCCAGGGACGAGCUUUGCGCGGCGUUGGAAGAUGGCGAGCACUUCUCCUACUUGUUCUUCUAUGGCCACAAGCCAACCUGUGACCUUACGAGCGCCUGCUUUAGCCAGUGGUAUGACGCACCUUUUACCGUCGACGAAAUCAUGUAUCCAACAGCUGAGCAUUUCAUGAUGGCCGAGAAAGCUCGCUUGUUCCAUGACGAUGAGACCCUGGGCGAUAUCCUCGUAGCCAGGGACCCUGCCACCGCAAAAGCGUACGGUCGCAGUGUGAGAAACUUUGACGAAGACGUGUGGUGUCGCCAUCGAGUCGAUAUUGUCGUUCGGGCCAACUUGGCCAAGUUUGGUCAGAACGAGGCGCUAAAAGCCUAUCUUUUGGGCACAAAGAAACAUGUUCUCGUCGAAGCCAGCGCCCGCGAUCGUAUUUGGGGCAUUGGACUCUCAUCCAAGCACGAAAAGGCCCACAAACCCCACGAAUGGCGAGGACAAAAUCUCCUUGGGUUCGCCCUCAUGAAUGUGCGACGCAUCCUUCAAUGUUCCAACAAGUCGUCAUAGAACGAAUGCGUAUAACCACCGUAAUCCACCUCUCAACCAACACGACAUCCCGAAACCCCGAGGCGCCGUUCAUUCGGCUCGGGGAUGGCAGCUUGAUCGGCUGUGGUAUCGGGGCCUCGCCUCGCCUUCAGCUCAAUUGGGGGUUUCGGGGUUUCUAGACCUGUCAGGUUAGCGACUUGAUUGGUUGAACAAAUAAUUGCCAUCCGAUCGUC